AGUCACAUGACUUAGUGAUGUAUCACAUGACUAGAUCUGAGUCCCUUAUUAUACCUCAAUGGGUACCUUAUAUGACUGUGUCCUGACAUUUUGUGAAGCUACUCUGGAAGCAGUCAAGUUUGAUUGCAUUGAAGAAGAAGAAGAUAGCACAAGAGAAAACACCAAGGAAUGUCUUCUUGAAAUGCUAGAAAUGAGUAUUAACUAUCUUGAUCUGGUGAGUAACGAUGAAGCAGUCACUCUUAGGUGCACAUUAUGGGAGAUUCUUGUGAUACUUAGCAAUAAGCAAGAAAAUAGAGAACAGAGAAGAGGAAGACCCAAAAUUGUGAUUGCUAGAGAUCGACUAUUAUUCUUGAGAGAUUGUGGUUUUAAGAUGAACGAUAUAUCUGUUAUUUUUGGAUGCAGUCGAAGAACUGUUGAGAGACGAUUAUUGGAAUAUGAUAUUCCUCGCCAAUGUGAUAUGUACGCAUCCAUUACCAAUGCUGAAUUGGAUGAAAAGGUUUUACGCAUAGUGUCCAUGUUCCCCAUGUGCGGUCAGAAAUCGGUCGAUGGUAGAUUAAAGAGUGAAGGUUUGAGAAUGUCUCGUAAAAGAAUAAGAGAGUCUCUGAGAAGAGUUGAUCCAUUUGGGGUGGAGUCUCGUGCAAGAGGUGUUCUUCGCCGACGAAGAUACCAUGUUGAUUCCCCAAAUGACCUGUGGCAUAUUGAUGGAUACCAUAAGUUGAUCAGAUGGCGACUCGUUAUCCACGGAGGUAUUGAUGGUUUUAGCCGCCUCAUAAUGUUCUUGAAAGUAUCUUCAAACAAUAGAGCUGAAACUAUGUUCCAAGCAUUUGAACAAGGAGUUACAGAGUUUGGGCUGCCCUCGCGUAUCCGAAUGGACAAGGGCGGUGAAAAUGUUGAGGUUGCACGGUAUAUUGUUGAAGAGAGAGGAGUUGGGCAUGCCAUAGCUGGUCGUAGCGUGCACAAUCAGAGAAUAGAAAGGCUUUGGAGAGAUCUUUUUUCAGGAUGUAUCAGUUUCUUUUACUAUUCUUUCUACUUUUUAGAGGACUGUGGGCUUCUUGACAUACAGGAUGAGCGCGACAUUUAUGCUUUACAUUUCUCAUUUCUUGGAGUGAUUCAAGACCAACUGAACAACUUUAUGCUUGGUUGGUCCAAUCAUGGGCUAAGAACUGAGCAUGGAAAAUCUCCUAUGCAACUUUGGGUGUCUGGUCUGCUGCAAACAAGAACAGUAAAUCCUGAACACGAGGCACUAAGUGGACUGCAUGAGGAAUCUGAAGCUUAUGGGAUAGAUGUUGAUGGGCCUGUACCACUCAACGGAGACCAAACAGUUGUUGUUGAAGACAUUGACGAUCUAUUAUCCAGUGAACAAAAACAUGUACUUAGGCAAGAACUAGCCCAAAUUGAUUGCAAUUCUCAAGAAGGAAUUGUGUCUAUGUUUUCAUUAGCAAAAGCUUAUAUUUGUAUGUUUUCAUUAGCAAAAGCUUAUAUUUGUGACUGUCAUUAAUAAUUAUUAAAGAUA